AUGAACGCGCCCAUUUUUUUGUUGACUUUUAUUUGUUUUUGCUCAUUUUGGGUUUGCCGCUUCUUCUCUAGAUCUCCUUUCAGAGGAACAGGUGCAAUUUGGCAACCCGCCCGAGAUCCUGGUUCAAAGUUUAGUUGACACCUGAGUAACAACAAUGGCAGGUCACUCAGUUCCUAUUGAUUUCCGUGUCAACCCGGCCAAAAUAACCAAUCCAGUUGAAAGGAAAACACUCCUUCAAGAUUUGGUUCCUGUUGUUGAACCUUUUACUGGAUCUCUAACAGAGAUUUCUGUUUCUGAAGUCCCAGGUGGUAACUUUGUUGCCUUGUAUGCUUCUGAUGCUAUGACAUUCUCUGUCAAGUUAUAUGCAAAUGGCAUAGUGUCAGGAACAGUUGAAUAUUACACUGAUCAAGUUAAUGAGCACAAAAUUGUGAAUGAUGAUGGUAGACAACUUGAGCGUCAACUUCGUGAAAAGUUUGGAUGCUCUGUCGCUAAAGUUUUACCUGCUUUGAAGAGAGCGCCUGUUAUUAAUCCAUAUUUUACAUCUUCUGAUGACCGUAUCUUAGAAUAUGAUGUUGACAAAAUUGUAUUUGAGAAGCAGUCAGAUUUCCAGAAAGUACAAAUAUGCCACACAUUGAGCUUUGGCAAUAUUCUGGUUUUGGAUGAAUUGCAAAAUCUUGCUGAAAGUGACCUGCCUUACACCCAUGGACUAAUGAAUAAAGAAAAUGAAAAUUUUGAAGGAAAAGAAAUCUUAAUUUUAGGAGGUGGAGAUGGUGCAUUGCUCUGGGAGCUCUUGAAGGAAAAGCCCAAGUUUGUCACAAUGAUUGAUAUUGAUGAGGUGGUAAUGGAUUCUUGUCGAAAACACAUGAGGUCUGUUUGUGGAGAUUGUUUGGACAAUUAUGAUGGACCCAAUUACAAAAUUAUUGUUGGGGAUGCUAUUGCAUACAUGAAAGAUUACAUUGAACAAAAUAAAUCAUUUGACUAUGUUUUUGGAGAUCUCACAGACAUCCCAAUUUCUUCAUCUCCUCGAGGGGAAUUAUGGGACUUUAUUCGUAAUAUCAUAAAUCUUGGAACAAAACUGCUAAAACCAGGAACAGGAAAGUACAUGACUCAUGCAAUUGGCAGUGGUUGUGAAAAUGCGCUGAAGAUGUUUGAGCGUCAGUUUUCAGCGGUUGAGGUGCCAGUGUCAAUCAAUCGCACCAGUAAUUUUGUACCUUCUUUCAUGGAAGAUUGGUGUUUUUACCAAGCAACCCGGAAAAGCUAAAAUAUAAAGUAUAUUCCCAAAGAAAGUAAGAGAGCUCUGAAAAAUCACUUCCCUAAAAAUUCUUGUACAAAAAUUUAGUAAUAUCAGGGCAAAAAUAAAAAGUACACUAAAAAGCA